AUGAAACAAUUUCUUAUUGUUUUAUUUCUUAUUAUUUUCCCCACAAUUAUUCUUUCGAAACCAUCUCCAGAUCAAACUUCGACAAAUGCUUCAACAAAAAAACAAAAUCCUUCUGCCAAACCACUUAUUUCUGGAAUCGUCAAAAAACUCAUUUCUGAUUUAACUACAACUUCGACAACAAAUUUGAAAGCGAAGAUUGGAACAAAAACAACAGCUGGCCUAGUUCCCACGAGAGGAUCAACACAAAAAUUGCUCAAAAAAUCGGAGAAUACAAAAGCUUCUUCUACGGCGAAACCAAACUUGAAAUCUAUUGGAUCAACAAAAACUCUCGUUGGCAAACUUCUCUCUGAUAUUACCACAAUUUUACCAUCAAAUUUGAAAGCUGAUAUUGGAACCACGACCUCGAAUUGUUUGACUGGCAAGAAGAAUUUGGUUGAGUCAUCAACUCCUGCGCAAAAAUUGCUCAAGAAAUCAGAUGAUAAAAAUACUACUUCCUCAGUAAAACCAAAUUUGAAAUCUGUAUCAAUCGGAUCUAAAUCAACUAUUCUCAAGAAUCUUCUUUCAAAUUUGUCCACUAUUUUGCCAACAUCUGGAUCAACAAUUCAACCAAAAAUUGCCAAUAAACAUCCAUCAACUUCAACCAAAAACAAUGAGAGUAUUUCAAAAGUAACAAUUGCUCUUCUCAAAAACCACCUCUCCUCUGUUGGAACAACAAUCAAACCAAAAACUACUGGAGUUAAGAAGUUGAACCCAGCAUCUUCUCAGGCUCCAAAAACAAAACAAAGAGAGACUAAAUUGAGCAAACUCUUCCAUACAAUUCGCUAA